CUGCUGUGGUGGUGAAGCAGAGGGAAUGUGAGGCUGCACGUGCACCCGGACCUGCCCAACGACAACUACGACAAUCGCUCUUUCCCUCUUCGUCGCCUUCCUCCUCCGCACCACAAAUUUUCUCCAAUUCGAGCAUCUCGACAUUUCUCAGCAACAAAACCUCAUCUUUGUCUUAUUCCCAUACCAACCACAACUCCUCGCCAUUUCCACCAGCUCGUCAUCAGUGCCAGAGAUCUCACUCCCUGGUCGUCGACGCCACUUCUUCCAGAACUCCCAACCCCUCCUCCACCCCUCUUCCUUCCACCACCACCCCGCAGUUCACUCGUGACUCAACUAUCCAAAUUACAUCCUUCGCAUCGCAAAACGCCUCCGUCCUUUCAAUGUCCGACCCUGCCUCGUCUGGCACCUCUACUCCCGCUCAACACAAACCCCUCGUUGUCGGCCGUACGAAGCCUCAAUCUCCCUCCACCCCAACUCCCUCGACCAUGUCAUCUUCAACACCCACCCCCGCCGACCCUCCUGCCGCUGCCGCCUCAUCAUCCACGCCAACAGACCAGCCCACAAAGAAGAAAGAAAAGGCUCCCAAGGCUCCGAAGCCCCCGAAGCCCGCACCUGUAGUCGCACCGCUGUCCCCUGCCCUCAUCGACCUACGAGUCGGCCAUAUUCUCCGAGCGAUCGCCCACCCCAACGCCGAUAGUCUCUAUGUGUCCACCAUUGCCAUGGGCGAUCCCGAGGGAACAGAAUUCACUCAAGUCGAUGAAGCAACUGGGAAGGUCGUGCGGACAGUCUGCUCCGGCUUGAACGGACUUAUCCCCCUCGAAGAACUUCAGGAUCGCAAGAUCAUUACCGUCGCCAACUUGAAACCCGUCAACAUGAGAAGUAUCAAAUCCUGCGCCAUGGUCUUGUGCGCAAGUCCCAAGCCCAAAGAAGGAGAGGACGCCCACGGCCCUGACCGGAAAGUCGAAUUUGUAGACCCUCCUGCGGGGAGCGAAGCUGGUGAUGCGGUGUAUUUCGAGGGAUGGGAGUACGGUGAGGGUAAAGGACCGGAAAAGCAACUCAACCCCAAGAAGAAGCAAUGGGAGGCCAUUCAGCCAGGCUUCUUCACUGAUGACGACCUGAGCGUUGGGUUUGACGCUGCAGUGACCGAGGUUGAAGGCGAUAAAAAGGGCAAGCUUAUGGUCAAGGGCAAGGGUUACUGUUCGGUCAAGAGUCUCAAGGGAGCAGGCUGCUCUUGAGCGAAUGGAGAUUUGAGGGAGGCAUGUCAAAGGGGUUGAAGAUUCGUGUGAGAUGCAUAUCUAUUCUGCCAUUUCCAGAAUAGACUCGUCAUUCAUAUUCGCUUGCGAUUCCAUAUCCUGAUAGAUGUAGAUUCCGCUGCCUCCGAGACACACCCUCCUCUCAAUAUAGAUCAUGUGCGAGGAACACGACGUGAUGAAUCAAGCCAGGAGCUGGCAUUCCUCAUUCUCACCUCACUUCAAC